CCCGUCAAGACCAGGACAAUCCCAAGUCGGCCCAAAAGUAAAUGUGAGCCUAAAUGGAGGAAGGCAUCAUGUCAGUGGGUCGGUCGGAGGGGGUUGGUUGGCCGAGAGCUCCCAAAUCCGGCACUGGAUGUCCAUCUGUGUCCGAGAUGAUCGACAUGAAAUUUGGGGUGCAUUAUUCGAGCACUGGUUCCGAAUGCCAGAGUUUGAUUUGAUUCGGUGUAAGGGCAUGGCGUGGAUGCCAUCGGUGGUGGCAUACGCUUCAAUGAUUGUUUUGACGAGGACCGAGAAAGGUUGGAACCUCCUGAAAUUUGUCAAAUGAGCUGCGGCUGCUGCUGGCCGCUUCUCAUCUCCUCGUGCAUGCCUGCCAUCUCCCUCAGCCCCUCAGCGCAUGCUUCCUUCGCUCCGCAGGCAAAUUAAGCAUCGCUCUCUCUCGCAGGCCUCGAUCGUUUCAAACAUGACAGUCAUAUUCAGCGACUUGAUUCUGGAAAUUUUACGCUCGAUCGCUGAUGUUGCGUGGACUCCUUCCACUGCUGACUUUGAAGACGACAGAAAGGUGCAUAUAGGCCCGACGACCUCCAGCUCCAGCUCCAGCUCCAGCAGCAGCACUCGCAGUUCACAUCAUCGAUCUGCUCCUACAGAGCGUGUGACGUACUGCGUGUGGGAAGGCGAUGAGUUUUAUGCCUACUCUCGUGACGGCUCCAGCUCUGGCGACCAGCAGCAUCUGCAGCGCUACUUCCAACUGGACUGGUGGUCAGUUGAUCGAUAAGGUCUAGCUUUGAAUCUUCUGUGCCUGUCUGUCAUGUCACUGACGACAUAGCCAGCUCGGCUGCAUUGCCCAAAACCCCACUUUGACUGUGUGUGCACAGAUGACAGAAUUAAACUCUCGAUUUACACGUAAACUUUAGCUUUCAUUUUACUCGUAAUUUCGGCUAGCAAUAAGCUGCUGCUGCUGCUGCUGCUGGUGGUGGUAGCAUGAUAGAUGUAGAUCGCAUUACGUCCCAAGGUGCUGCAGGCCAGCCCUGAAUUGGCCCGGAAUUGGCUCGUCUCUCGUCUUUGUUGUCUAAUAAUCAUCCGACAUCGGACAAUGUCUUUGAAGCCGUGAAUUCAUGUCGACGAGUUCACGUUCAGUCGAGAAGCUUUCAGCUGGGAAGCUUGCCUUGCCAUUCAGUAGACAGGCAGACAGUCCGAUGUUGAUUGAAUCCGAGCUGACCUCUCAUGGGACGAACAUGAUCCCACCUCCAAGUGUUGCCAACUGCGUCCCACAAUUGCGAAGCUGGUGAAAUGAAGCCCGGCACUCAGUCCAGCUUCCUUCCUGUUUGCUUCUACUGCUUCCUUGUAGCCCGAGCACGAAUGUAACGAGGAAAGCUGAUUGAGCUGUUCAUGCAAGGAGCUUGCGCGAGCUGCUGCGAAAAUGGACUUUGACAGUUCCGUGAAUCUGCCACGGUCGCGUUCUGAGGGUGCAGAACGAAAUGGCAAUGGGCAUGGGGGCGAGAAGGAUCUGCCGUGUCCAGCCGAUGUUGCAGCAGCAGCAGCAGCAGCUGCUGAGCCACAAAGGGUCGAUUGCGGAAUGGGGAUAGAUGGUCGCGUGGACCUGCAGCCGCAGGUCCAAAAUCCUCGGCAAAUUGCAGGCUCAGACGAGGAGGAGAAGCUCAGAAGGCUGAAUAGAAGGUCGCAAAGUGUGAAGGAAGGAGGCGGCGGCGAUGGCGUCUUGGGCUCGGCCUGGGGAUCGAAUGAUCAUAACAACAACGGCGGGCGACGACCGACAUCGCUGGCCACCUUUUUCUCCCGAACCAGGAGCCUGAGCGAAGCCAGAAGCCAGCUGCACGACGAUGGAGUCAGCCGCAGCCCCAGAUCGAUACCAUCGUAUUUCUUGAAUGCAUCGAGGUCCAAGAGAAUUCAUGCGCUGCUCAGCGACAAUGAUCUCGAGGCCAAAUCAUCCUCGGGGGUGGUGGAUUUGCCGGCACUAGCAGCAGCAGCAGAUGCAGCAAAUGGAGGUCCGAAUGGAGGAGGAGGAGGAGGAUUGGGGAAGGUGUCGGAGGUGCCAAAGCAGUCGCCGAUUGAGGAGGUGGCGCUGAUAGUGCCGACGACGGACGAUCCAUCGCUGGCGGUGUGGACCUUUCGGACAUGGACUCUGGGGCUAGCUUCGAAUGUGCUGCUGAGUUUCAUCAACACCUACUUCUCGUACCGGAGCGAGCCGAUCGUUCUCGGAGUGACCACGGCUCUGAUCGUCACGCUUCCUCUGGGCCAAUUCAUGGCCGCCACAUUUCCCGACAAAUGGAUUCGUGUGCCAGGCACCAAGCUCGGCUUCUCGUUGAAUCCGGGCCACUUCAACGCCAAGGAGCACGCGCUCAUCGUCCAAUUCGCCAGCCCUGGAGGUUCCAGGCCCGGCGGCAUCUUCGUCGUCACCCUCGUCAAGCUCUACCUCAAGGGCAAGAUGGAAUUCUUCCCGGCUUUCCUCUUCACCCUCUCUUGCGAGCUGAUGGCCUUCUGUUGGGCGGGAAUGCUGCAAAAGUUUCUCGUAGACCCCGCGAGCAUGUGGUGGCCCGCUAGCCUCGUGAAUGUGUCCCUCAUCAAGGCACUGGAAUCGGAUGAGAAGGGCAAGGGAAUGACGAGGAUCCAAUUCUUCCUCGUGUGCCUGCUGGCGUCGUUCGCGUACCACGUGCUGCCGGGCUACCUGUUCCCGACGCUGAGCGGCGUGUCGGCGCUGUGCUACGUCUUCAAGCACAGCACGCUGGCGCAGCAGCUGGGCUCGGGCAAUCGAGGCCUCGGGCUCGGAGCCUUCAGCCUCGAUUACGCCACCAUCAUCGCCUUCCUCGGCAGCCCGCUCGUCAUUCCCACCGUGGCCGUGUUCAAUGUCAUCGCCGGCUUCUGCACGCAGGCCUACAUCUUCGUGCCCUUGACGUACUGGAAGAACUACUACAAGGCCCAACAUUUCCCCCUCUUCUCGUCCGGCCUCUUCACCUCCGACGGCCAUAGCUACAAUGUCACCCGAGUUCUCCAAUCGUCCGGCAGCGGUGACUUCCAGCUCGACCGCGCUGGCUAUGAAGCCCAAGGCCCCACCUACUUCAGCGCCUUCUAUGCUGUCAGCACCGGCCUCACCUUCAUGCUCUUCGGUUGCAUCCUCUCGCAAGUCUUUCUCUUCAAUGCGAAGGAUCUGUGGCGGACGCUGAGGGCGAUGACAGCGAUGGAGGAAGAGCCUCCGGAUGUGCACACGCAUCUGAUGAAGAAGUACCCGCCCGUCCCUGCGCGAUGGUACGCUGCGUUCCUGCUGGCACUGCAUGUCGUCUCGUGUGUGCUCCUCGAGGUGUACAAGGAGCAGCUGCAGAUGAAAUGGUGGGGAGUCUUGCUGGCCGACGCUGUGAUCGCGCUUCUCUUAUUGCCCAUUGCCAUAAUUAUGGCCACGACCAAUCAGCUGCCGAAUUUGGCCAUAAUGUCGCAGUAUCUGAUUGGUUACAUCCGACCUGGAGAACCUGUCACCAGCGGCGUGUUCAGAACCCUCAGUACGGUCGUAUGUGGCCGGUCAUGUUUAUAUCUCACGAACAUGAAAUUCGCUCAUUACGCGAAGCUUCCACCGCGGGCCUCAUUCCUCAGUCAGGUUGCAGGAACUGUGAUAGCAACGCUGGUAAGCAUGGGGGUCACAUGGUGGCUCACAUCCACGAUCAGCGACAUUUGUGACGUUUCGCGCCUUCCUCGGGGCACACCGUGGACAUGCCCAUCAGACAAGGUGUUCUUCGACCAGGCUGUGACAUGGGGGCUCGUGGGACCCAAAAGGCUAUUCGAUAAAGGAGGGCCAUACAACAGUCUCAAUUACUACUUCCUGCCGGGCAUUCUCUUCCCGAUCGUGCUGUGGCUGCUGCGCAGAGCGUUUCCUCGAGCCGAGUGGAUCUCGUACAUCAACGCCCCGCUGAUCGUCCGAGGCGCCUUCCUCAUGCCUCCGUCCAGUGUCGUGAGCAACACCACUUGGCUCGCCAUCGCUCUCGUGUUCAGCGUUUACGUUUUCAGCUACAAGAAGCGAUGGUGGCAGCGCUAUAACUACGUCUUGUCUGCAGCCCUGGACUCCGGCACGGUGAUGAUGGCCAUUCUGCUUUACUAUUCCAUGGACGAAGGCAAGAAAAGGCUGCACUGGUGGGGGCGACGUGCCAAUGGAGAUCACUGUCCUCUCGCGUCCUGUCCCAUCGCCAUUCAAACGCCUGGCUGCCAUGGCUACUGACUCCGUCUCAUAUUUACACAGGCGCCAGUGAUAGAAGGAAGCAUUACGUUGACAGCUACAAGCAGUCAAGUCGUUUCCUGAGUAGGAUCAAGGCAUUCCUCGCUGACUGACAAGUCAGGCAGCCAUUCGUGGCCCCUACAUGUGUUGUAUAGUGCAAGAGUCAAGGAACUAAAUUUUCCUCUCGAACUAAAAUGUUUUAGCAAUUUAGUCUGUGUCCUCUCCACUAGGUAGGUACUGUGAUAGGUACGCUCAAACAAAAUAGAGAAUGAAAAGUGGGUCCCGCAGCUGCAGUAAGAAGAGGAGAAGAGAAAUCGAGAAAAGAAGGACCGAGAGGCUACUUGCAAGUGGCGAACACCUCAGACCAAGUCACCCUCGAGUUCUAGUUUGUAGUAUAUCGUCUUUGACCUACCGGUGCCUGCACCUUGACUUCUGGUUCGGUGCAUGUACAUGUAUGUCUAGUGGAGGUCGAGAUUGACUCCUCUCCUCCGUUUCCUCGUUCGUCAUACUUGUCGUAUUCGUUAUCUGGGCAGAUAGCUCAACUUCCUAACCAAUUUGAUCUUUCAUCUUGAGUUAUAACUGUGUCCCUCCAAAGUAGUUGUGAAGGUUGCAAGGACCAUACCUUCGACGUCAUGAAACACCACACAUCAUGUAAUCAGAGUUAGUAUCCAGUUGCGUUCCAAGUUCAAAGCCGUCACGACUGUGAUCUAAAACAGCCAGACACACGACAUCGCAUUCAAAUCUGCAAGCGAAAAAAGAGGAUAUCGCCAGAUGUUUGUGUCGGCCUGUUUGCAGAUUCCACAACCGUCAUGAAGUCGAAAUCAGGCACAAACAUUUCACGCAAUAAAAUCAG